AUGCGCGCCAACUCCUUCCUCUUCGUGCUCCGCAUGGGCAUAGGGAUGGCCUACCUCCUCUUGUACAUCGACACCAUGGUGCUGACCGCGUCCUCCACCGAGCUGCUGCACCACAUCAUUGCCAAGCUGAAGUCCGCCUUCACCAUGGAAGACAUGGGAGAACAGCACGGACAUGCAAACUAUGUCGACGACCUCCUCAAGCGCGUGGGCAUGAGCAACUGCAAGUGGGUUGCCACGCUCGCAAACACCAAACCCAAGCCAUCUGCGAGCGAUAGGAAACCUAUCCCCGACGCAAGCUUCUACCGCAGCAUGACCGGGGCAUUCCAGUACCUCACUGUGAUGAGACCGGGCAUCGCCUACACCGUCAAGCAACUCUGCCUCCGCAUGCACUCACCUACGGAUGUUCAUGCCGCCAUGCUCAAAUGA